GUUUACAACGAAAACUAUUUUUCUUAUUAUUGUCUAAAGACACCAGCGGGUGGGGAGUUAGAGACUUAAGGUGUACCCCUCUUUUUGUAUCCGCGACAUAAACUUCAUCGAACACAUAACAAGUGAUUCUUUGCUUAUUCCACGUUCAAUCACAAAACGUGUUUGUUCUUAGAGAUAUUUUUUAAAUUAUUUAAAUUAAAUAAACGAGAUGUGAUUUUAUAAAAUAAAAUAACGUUUACUUAAAUAUUUUUCACAUCGUGUUUACCCGAAAUUUUUUAUAAAUCCGAUAAAUUAUAAAUAUAUAUAUAUAUUUUUUUUAUAUUAAUAAGUAAAUAAAAUGGUGAAAUUACAUAUUAAAUUAUUGAUAUGGAUAAAUUUUAUUUUUGUAUGUCGAGCUGCAAGAAAAGUAGUGGAUAUUACGCCGACAUCUGGAUUAGAUCUUGACGACAAUUAUAUUAUUAAAAUAUUUACGCACAACAAAUCGAAUACAAGAGACUUUGAAAAUUUAACGAUUGCGUUUAAAGACACGGAAGAAAUUUUUGACAUUAACAGUGAAGCCGACUCUCAUUUAUCAGGAAAUAAUGGUGAAAUUCAAGAGAUUAAAAAUCUUCUUGAAAUAGUUCCCGAGUUUGAUUUAAGUGCAGAGAAUGUGAGCGCGCAGUGUCGGAAGGACUCGGAGUUAUUUAAACGCGCACUGAGGAAGAUGAGUCUCUGGGCUGUGAAGAUGUACGAUGCCACCGCUAAAAUACCAUCGGGUUUACUCAGCGGGAACGUAAAUCAACUGGGUGAUUUUGACGAGUGUCUCGGCGUGGAUUCAUCAGCGGAUCAGUCAACUGGUGAAAUAAACGGGCAGUAUUGUUUGGUUUACCUGCAAAUUGAUGUCGAUAAGUCACGACCUUAUCUCAAGUACCUCCAUCGUCUUACUCACUCUCACUAUGCUUUCAGAAGUAAUUUAACCGACCCAGGACACAGGGUACCGCGAUUUAGUACCGUCAACUGGGCGGUGUGUACACCAGCUAGCUGCUCACCUCGUGAUGUUGAAAUAACUUUCAAGGAUAAGUUUUCUAAGUACACAAGAGGACUCGGUCUUGAUGCAACCAUCAGAGUCGACCGUGAAAUGUGCCAAGUUCAAAGGACCGACUCACUUCCGGUUGCAACAGUCAUAGUUUGUCUUCUCUUCGCUGGGAUUAUAAUCCUGUCUAUUGUUGGCGCUAUUUGUGAUCACUAUUAUGUUAAUGUUAAUGAGAUACUACUGUCGUUUUCCCUGAAACGUAAUUUCCGUAAGCUUAUCUCAUUGAAACGCAGCCAAGAUGACAUAGCAACUGUUCAUGGUGUGCGGGCAAUUAAUGCGCUGAUGUUGAUAGUAGCGCACAAGAGUAUGGCGGUUUUUUUUUAUCCUUACGCCAAUAGGACGACUAUGGCCGAGUAUCUCGGUCGUCCUUGGACGGUACUAGGUCGAGCAGCGAGUCUUUAUACGGAUCCCUUCAUCAUGCUGUCUGGACUUUUGACGACCUAUUCGUUUGUACAACAACUAGAUAGGUCAGGAAAAAUUGAUGUCAAGAGAGAGUAUUUGUCAAGAUUACUCAGACUAGUACCGACUCUCGGUGCUCUGAUACUUUUCUGCACUUUUAUAAUGCCCUACAUUGGGUCAGGACCUCAGUGGAAUUUAGUCGUAACCCACCAUGCAGAAAUAUGCAAAAUAACUUGGUGGAGAAAUUUACUAUUCAUUCAUAAUUAUUUCGGAUUUGAAAAUAUGUGUUUGACGCACACCCAUCAUGUAGGAAUUGAUACUCAACUAUUUGCAUUAUCUCCAUUAAUGAUAUUUACUCUCUACAAGUGGCCCAAGUUUGGAGGACUUGCACUUGCUAUUAUUGCUUUAUUAUCAACAACAUUACGAUUUUACGUUACUUAUUAUAAGCGUCUUAGUAAUUACGUUUUCUUUGGUACAUCCAUACGACAGUUGUUUGAUACUGCAAAUCUUUCAUAUAUUUUACCUUCUCAUCGACUGACUGUUUAUAUAAUUGGUAUUUACCUCGGUUACUUGCUUAGAAGAUACCCCAAAGGAUUAAAAAUAAACAAGUCAAUCAUUAGACUCGGCUGGAUGGUGACCUCUUUAGCAGCUCUUGCUGCCUUCUUAGGACCUGCUGGUAUGGGAUCCAUCAACUACGUUUACGAUCCAAUACAUGCAGCGGCUUAUAACGCGUUCGCACCUAUCGGUUGGUGUGCAUUUUUUGCAUGGAUUGUUGUCGUUUCUCAUACAGAUAACUCUACAACAUCGCUCACAAGAUUCUUCGGAUGGAGAGGCUUUCUAGUCAGCACAAGAUUGAGUUAUGCCGUCUACUUAACACAGUUUCCGGUAUUUUUUUACAAUGUCGGAGUAACUCGUACUUCAGAGACAUAUGACUUCGUCAGAAUGCACUUCAACUUCAACGAAUUUUUCUGGAUUAUUCUCACCGCCGCUAUUCUUACACUUCUAUUCGACACUCCCUUUCAAAAUAUUAAAAACUAUUUAUUAAAACCUAAGUCGAAAAACCAAAUUACCCAAAAAAUUAAUGAUAAGAAAGUUGAAUAAAUAAGUAUAUAAAUUAUUACUUAAGAAACUGUACAUAGAUCUAGUUUACGUUGCAUCAAAAAUUUAUUUAAAAACUUUUUGAUGCCUAGAAGUUGUAAAUAUUUUUAGUUCUUUUUGAAUUAUUAAUUGCACACAAUAAUUCACU